AUGACGUCGGCCGCCGGCCGUCUCGCCUGCGUCGUCCUCGCCGCCGCGAUAUACCCGGGCUCCUCCGACUCCACAAACGGCCGCUCCAACUCAAUCUUCAGACUCGUCGCCGCUUCCGGCGCCAGCGACGCCGGGAUCAGCGAAAGCGAGUUGGGACCACCCGGCUUCUGCCGCCGGUUCGCACCGGACGAUGGCCGAGGGCGCCCGGCCUCCGGUCCGAACAACCUCGCCGGCGCGCUCGUCGCACGCCCCGCAGCAGCAUCCGCGGGCCGCACUUUUGUCGGCGUCAAAGAUCCCCAGGCGCUCUACCAGCGUAUCGAUGCUCGACCGGUACACGAGCUCCGAGCCCGCGCCACCACUCCGCCCGCUCUUCUUCGACAUGGGCGACGGACUGGGCGAGUGGUGCGCCGCUUGGUCCUUGUGCUGCCAGCAAUACAACUCUUGCCGGUCAAGGCGUCCCUGCUGCUGUUUUUGCUGCCGCGAGCGUUUCGAGGCGGGAGACCCCGAGGGUGUGCCCGACGGGGUGGCCGCCAGCGAACGGCGGCACGGGUUGCCGUUGGAGGUGAUGCCGUGGCAUGUCGUGUCGGCGUCGAGGAGUCGGCGCGGGACAAGUAA